AUGUGGCGAUGCGUGAUUUCAUUGACCGGCUGUGGGCUAGUGGUGAAUGCACAAUGUGCUGUUGUGAUCUCUCUAUUACAGAAUGUUGAUUACGGAGGUCAAAUACCCAGUGGUCUUGAGGAUGCACCUGCGAUCAUAGCUACCGGGGCCAGAGAAGGUUUUACUUUAGGGGGUCCGGCAACCGCAGAAUCUAAGUGUGUAUACUACUAUGAACCAGACUCAGAUGCCUUAGGCGCAGAUCCUAAAUACGACGGAAAAGCGCAGUUUAUUGGCCCGGAUUGGCCGUAUGUCGAGGCGGACAGUAAUUGCACUAUUGAAAUCGACGAAUCCAUCCCUCGAGCAUCUGUGUUCCGUAACCCGGGAUAUGUGACUAUAUCUACAUACGAUGGCUUACUAUUCGGUGGGCUUCCCCUCUACUUCUACCCAGAUGACGCACCCGGUAAGUUGCUACGUGUGUACGCGAAGUUCAGUUCAAAGCAGUUUUAA